AACGGUGGGAUUACAUUACUAGAGUAGGUGAACAGUGACUACUGAAUGUGCUUAUCAGUGCAAUGACAGUGGCUUUGCUCAUUUAAUCUGAUUACGGACCCUUUAAUUAUAGUUUUAUUGACUUUGCAUUUUUGCUUGCCAUUAUUUCGAAAUCUGGUUGCAUAAUCGACGAUUAUUUCGUUAUAUACUAACGACUUAAUAUUUGUUAUCUAACGGAAUACUAAUAAAAAGAUAGUAUUUUCCAAGCCCAAUUUAUUUUUGCCGAGCAUUUUGAAGAAGUUGUGAAAUGUUUUAAGCUGCGUGUACAGUUUGAAAAAUAAAAUCAACGAGAAUGGUUGUAGACAUUACUGGAUUAAAAGCUGCUAUAUGUGGGGGAUUUGGAGGAAUCGGUCAGGCAAUUUGUAAGGUGCUACUGGAACAAGGUGUACUGUGCUUGGCGGUUUUGGAUUUGAAGGAGGACAAAGAUUCCUUAGAAGCCUGGAGAAAAUCAUAUCCUACACAGAAAAUAUUUUUCAACUACAUCGAUGUUGCCGAAAAGUCCGUUGUUGAAGAGUCUAUGCGAGCAGCAAAGGAAAAAAUGGGAGGAUUGGAUAUAUUCAUGAAUUCCAGUGGUAUAUUGAACGAGAUUAAUCCUGAGCUAUGUAUUCAAGUUAAUUUGUUGGGAACAAUUUACACCUCCCUCACAGCAGUGAAUCUAAUGGGCAAGCAUAAAGGCGGCAACGGAGGAAUUGUUAUUAACGUAACUUCAGUCUUAGGCCUAGAACCUUCUCAUCCUAUUGCAGUGUAUACAGCUUCCAAACAUGGUGGCAUUGGUUUCACAAGGUCGAUUUCGCACGAAUUUCACUACAACAAAACAGGACUAGCCUUUAUAGCAGUUUGUCCAGGACUUACAAAUACCAAGCUUGUUCAAAAUCCUCAGAAUGCAGCAACUUUUGACUAUGUUGAGGGUGAAAUGGCUAAGAUUUUGACGGCGAAAACACAGGAAGCUGAUAUUUGUGGGGAAAACAUUGUGAAGGCCAUGCGGACGGGUAAAACUGGAUCAAUUUGGAUUUGUGAUCUCGGAACGUUGAGGGAGAUUGAAAUGCCGGUGCAUUGGACUCUCCAGUUCUAGAAGGUCUAGAUCUAGAACUCUAUCGAAUGAUCAUUUAAUAAAAAAGAUAAUGCAU